GCAACAUAAAAUCAUCGGGUGAUUCUUUUUCACAGGGAGAAAACCGCUUCUAAACUCUUCCACAUUCAGCUGAAAAUGCUGCUUGCUCUGGACUUCCCCCACAAGGCGUUGAUGAUUGAUGUUCUGGCAGUCUUAGGAGGUUUAACUGCGUCUCUCCACCUGCUGAAAUUCACCUGGAAAUGUUGCCGUGGAUUCAGACAGUACGUGUGGUCGUCGCGUUGUCAGGCGAACCUGCGGGCGUUUGGACAGUGGGCAGUUGUAACUGGUGCCACGUCUGGCAUUGGUAAAGCUUAUGCCACUGAGUUGGCACGUCGGGGUCUGGAUGUUGUUUUAAUAGGAAGGUCUUCCAAGAGGCUUCAAAAGGUUGCCGAAGAAAUCGAAAACAAGUACGGACGAAAGACUCACACCAUCAAAGUGGACUUCACAGAGGGUGGCAGCAUCUACUCAAAAAUAGCUAAGGAGCUCCAUGACCUGCAGAUUGGAAUUCUGGUUAACAACGUUGGAAUGAUCUGCAAUGAUCAUUUUGCCUAUUUUCUGGAAACGCCAAAUCCUGAACAGAAAAUCACUGAGAUCAUCAACUGUAACAUACUCUCUGUACCCCAGAUGACCAGGCUGGUUCUUCCUCCCAUGGUGCUCAGAGGCAGAGGAUUAAUCAUCAACAUCUCCUCUGAAAUGGGUCUCCGUCCACAUCCACUGGUGGCUCUUUAUUCGGCCACCAAGACAUUUUCGAUACAUUUCUCCCAGUGUUUACAUGCUGAGUACAAGUCAGAGGGAAUCACAGUCCAGUGUGUGACCCCAUUCAUGGUGUCCACCAACAUGACAAACAACAUGAAAGUCAACUUGUUUGUGAAGAGUGCUCCAGCGUUCGUCUAUGAUGCUUUGAACACUGUGGGUCACUCCACCUUCACCAGCGGCUGUCUGUCCCAUGCACUGCAGAGUGUGGCUUUCUCCAUUCUCGUGCCGGACUGGCUUCGGAUGUCGACAUUUUUCAUCCGGUGGCUGAGAAAACGUCCGAAAAUAGAAGCUGGUCGGAAAGAAGCGACUCAGGAAGAGGAGUGAAACUGGGCAAAAAAAUAACUGAAGGUUUAUUGUGUUUUAAAAGGUGACUGAAAUGACCGUUGACUUUUUGUUGUCCAACGCAGGCAUUAUAAGUCGUC